AUGAUGGGACAUGAGAAUCACACUUUCAGCAGUGACUUCAUUCUUUUGGGACUCUUCUCUUCUUCCCAAACAAGUCUGAUAUUCUUCUCCUUUAUAUUCAUCAUUUUUGUUAUGACUGUAACAGAAAAUACAGUCAUGAUUCUCCUUAUCCGCAGGGAAUCACGACUCCAUACUCCGAUGUAUUUCCUGCUCAGCCAUCUCUCUUUUAUGGAUAUCUUGCAUACUAGCAACAUUGUUCCUAAAAUGAUCUCUGACUUUCUGUCAGGUAGCAGAAGUAUUUCAUUUGCAAGUUGUGGCUUCCAGAUAUUUCUAUCCCUCACCCUCUUGGGCGGCGAGUGCCUUCUCCUGGCAGCAAUGUCCUAUGAUCGCUAUGUAGCCAUCUGCCACCCACUGCGCUAUCCCAUUCUUAUGAAUGACUAUGUCAGCAUUCUCAUGGCUGGAGGAUCCUGGCUUAUUGGGAUGGUCAACUCCAUAGUUCACACAGCUUACACUCUCCACUUUCCCUUCUGUGGCUCAAGAGCCAUUGACCACUUUUUCUGUGAAAUCCCCGCCAUGUUGAUGUUGUCCUGUGUGGACACAACACACUAUGAACGAGGAGUUUAUGUAAGUGGCAUCGUUUUCCUGCUUAUUCCUUUCUCUCUAAUCUUUGCAUCUUAUGUCCAAAUUCUCCUUACUGUCCUCCACAUGAAAUCAUCAGAGGCAUGGAAAAAGUCCUUUUCUACCUGUUUCUUCCACAUGAUUGUGGUCAUAAUGUACUAUGGGCCAUUUAUAUUCACAUAUAUGAGACCUAAAAAGUACCACACCCCAGGCCAGGAUAAGUUGCUGGCAAUAUUCUACACCAUCCUCACACCAUCUUUCAACCCAAUUAUCUACAGCAUCAGAAAUAAAGAUGUUUUGGAGGCAAUGAAAAACAUGCUCAGAAGUUAUUUUCUCCAUAAAAAACUGUAG